GGACACAGCCUUGGCUGGGUAACACUCAAGACCAUGACGGUGCUGUCACAUGUAGGGGACAGCCCGGUGCUGCUGGGCACUGAUAGGCUCUCAGGCUGGGCUAGACUUUCUUUCCACUUAAACAUUAAUCAUGAGCUUAACUAUUUUGUCUGCAUUUGACCUUUUUUAACAGAGGUCAUUACUUCCAAGCUGGUUAAAUCUCACUAGAGCAAGUGCUGGUUUCCCGCUUUUAGGAACCCAAAAGAGAGGGAAUGAGGGGAAAUGAGGACAGGAGUGUGCUAAAGGAACAAAGCAGUGGAAGGCACAGGUGCACGGGAGAGGAAUGAGGGAUCCAGGCCAGCAGCAUUGGUGCUUAGCAUCAGCAGAGGCUUUGCGCUGGUGCUCCCAUGGCCGAACACUCCACCACCAGUUAGGAGAGGGGUCCAGGGAAGUACAGCACUGCCGGUUUUGGGCAUCCACUUGUGAUGGAGAGAGUGAAGCAAACUCUCCUGGGACUUCCGCAUGUGGCCAAUUCACAGGGAGCACAGCGGAGCCAAACCCUCCUGGGGAGUGACAGCUGUGGCGUCAUUGCCGUUAAUGGUUGCCAUCACACCACAGCUGGGCUUGGCACGGGUUUCUGGAGCCCAUUGCCAGUUUCUACCAUGCCCGCCUCCGCAUAUGGUGCAGGAUUUCAAUGUUUAACCAGGGUGCUCUCCUGGCUGUAAGGGAUGUGCAUGGGAAGGUUUUAGGCACAACUUGCUAAUGAGCGAUCUAUUUCACACUGCUUCAUGCGGGUACACGAGGUACACUGAGCUGCCAGGUGGUGAGGGGACCAUGAUGGGCCAUUUUGGUAGCUCGAGCAGCUCCGGGGCAAAGCAGGCAGCAGAGGGGGUGUCAUUGCAUGGCUGUGGCAGAUCCAGAGGCACCAACACUGCUCCCUGGGUGGCAGGAGGGAAAUGGAGGCAGGAGGCACAUCCGCUUGGCAUCCUUUCCCCACAGCCCUGAGCACAGAACGCACACCGAGGGGCCCAGGCUCUGGCUGCCUGAUAAUGGUGCCUUUGUGCUGCUGCUGACUCAGGGCUUUUUGCCGGCCCCGUGACCCAUUGGUGGGGGACACUGCAAGGGGGGACACAGCCAGCGGCAGGGGACAGGACUGCGCUGCACGGGAGCGGGUGAGUGCCUGAGCUUUAUCUGCAGGGUGCUGGGCAAAGCCACUGGGCAGAAUGCAGGUGAGUGCCCCAGCCAACAGCAUGGAGCAGGCAGCACUCCUGGGCUUUGGUGGGAAUGCAGCAGAGGAUGGGGAGGGGCUGAUGGGAUCCCAUCCCUCAGCUCAGAGGACGUGCAUGGGGACAGCUCUGUCACCUCUGUCUUCCACUCUGGCCUGGCCAGCUUGGGUUUGCAGAAAUCCCUCCAACCAGCAGCGUGGAGAGCGGCUUUCUCUUUUCUUUUGGCAGCACCGUGUCUCCUCCAGCCCCUUCCCCCAGCCCCACCUCGCUGGGGGCUGCCCCUCUCUCCCCCGCAGGAACCAUGGGCUCCCGGCACUUCCCUGCCCGGACCGUGCUUUUUGAGAAGGAGUCGACCGGCGUCACGUACCGCGUGCCAGCCCUGCUCUACCUGCCCUGCGUGGCCAAGCUGUUGGCCUUUGCUGAGGAGCGGCUGAGCGCCGACGAUGCCCAUGCCAACCUGCUGGUGCUGCGCCGUGGCACCGUCUAUGGCAGCUAUGUAGAGUGGGAAGACAUGCGAGUACUGGAGACAGCGGCACUGCAGCACCACCGCUCGAUGAACCCCUGCCCGCUCUAUGACGAGUUCACCGGCACCCUCUUCCUCUUCUUCAUCACGGUGCUGGGCAGGACACCCGAAGCCUUCCAGAUUGUCACUGGGCAGAACGUCACCCGUCUCUGCUGCGUCACCAGUGCCGAUCAGGGCCUGAGCUGGAGCAAGGCCACUGACCUGACGCAGCAGGUCAUCGGCAGGGCCAUCAAAGAAUGGGCCACCUUCGCGCUGGGCCCUGGGCACGGGAUCCAGCUGCGCUCUGGCCGGUUGCUGGUGCCCGCCUACAGCUACCACAUCGACUGCAAGGAAUGUUUCGGGCAGCUCUGCAAGACCACCCCGCACUCCUUUGCCUUCUACAGCGACGACCACGGCCAGGGCUGGCGCUAUGGGGAGUUCAUACCCAACCUGCAGACGGGAGAGUGCCAGUUGGUCUCGGUGGAUGAGGAGGAUGGCUCCAACGUCCUCUACUGCAAUGCCCGCAGCUCCCUGGGCUUCCGCGUCCAGGCGCUGAGCACUGACGAUGGGGCCGUCUUCCAUGGGGGGCAGCUGGUCCCGCGGCUGGUUGAGCCCCCCCAUGGCUGCCACGGCAGCAUCAUUGGCUUCCCCGCACCUUUGGUGUACGGGCCCUGGCCCCGCUUGGCUCCACGGGCGCUCCCUGCCAUGGCCAGCAGCAGCAGGACUUCAACACGGCCUCACAGCUGUGCCUCGCUCCAAGGGGACCCCAAAGCCACCUCUGGGCCCUUCUUCCAGACACCGACGUGGGUGCUCUACUCCCACCCCACCAGCUCCAUGUCGCGGGUCAACAUGGGGGUUCAUCUCAGCACCUUCCCCAGGGAUGCAAACAGCUGGACUGAGCCCUGGGUCAUCUACGAGGGCCCAAGCGCUUACUCAGACCUGGCUUACAUGGAGCUGCCCCACAGCCAGUUCCCCGUCUCUGGUGGCCCGGCCAUUGCUUUUGCCUGCCUGUACGAGAACGGGAAGCGCUCGCCCUACGAGCAGAUUUCAUUCAGCAUGUUCACGCUGCACGACGUGCUCCAGAACAUCCCCCUGACGGCUGCAGUGCCCCGCAGGAAGCGGAGGCGUAGGAGUUGUUGUGUCUCUUAGAGCCGCCCGCAAUGUCCCCUGGCAUGGGCCAGCUGGGGGCAGAUGGGGAUGACUACCACCGGUGGCCAGGCUGGAGCUGGUGGCAGCUGGGGACAGCCUGCCAUGAGCCCUGUGGGACUGCGAGCUGUGUUGAUGUACACCGGCUCAGGAGCUGGAGGCUGGACCAUGUUGAGAGCUGCUGUCCCAGAACAGGGUUUUAUCUCAUUUUUAUUGCUAUUUUUUAAUUACAUGGUGGUUGGGCUUAUGGGUUCAUGCUGAUAUGACCGUGUGUCAUCCCUGUUCUCAGCCAUUGUCCCUCUGUCCUACCAGCCUUGCACCUCCC